AUGAUCGACCAGAUCUUCUCGAGCGGUUCGAGGCGUCUCAUUCGAGGAUGGCGGCGGCGUUCCCGGGCGAUCCAGCCCGAGUCCAGGCGCUCAAACAAGAGCAAAGGCGGCAACUUCUUCUCCUUGAGAGGAAGGGCCAUCUUCUGCCUGAUCUCCCCGUGGAUUGGCUACCCGAUAUCAUACGGGAGGGAUGCGACGACUCCGACGAAGGCCUGCACGUUGGAGGAAAUGACGACGGCGCCAGCGACACAGACGAAAUCCAAUCUGACCACGACAGUUCUGAAGACUAAGACGAACACGGCCACUGUGCUGCGGCCGGGAGAGUGCAGGGGCGGUUGCCGGUGA